AUGAAGGGCAAGAGUGACUUACAAUCUUCCCCCAAGAUACCUGAGGAGGAAGAAGGUGAAUACGAGACUGUAAAUUCCUCCACUCUGGAGGCCAUCCGUGCUUUGAGAAUCCUUCCUGCCAAACCUCUACAAGAAUCCGAAUAUGCAGAUAAACGUUUUUUAAGGCCUUCAGGUACCACUUCCCCAGCAAACAGCCAGCACACAUCUCAGCCCCCUCAUUGCUCAGCUAAACACACAUCUGUUCUGGAGGGGAGGAGCGCGCCAAGUGUUACAGGAGAAAGAAUGAAGAUACAUGGGCCCCAGGAACCUUUGCCUCCCCCACGGCCUCUGAAGACACUGCCAAAGCAGUAUCAGCCACUUCCUCCAGAGCCAAAGAUAAGCAGCCAGUUCUUUCACAUGAGAAAAACACUCAGCCAAGCUCACACCUUUCCAAUAUCAGCAAAAGUCACAAGACAUCUAUCUGUUCAGGAACUAAAUGAAGUACCUGGAAAAGAACAAGUUACAUAUUUGGGAAAGGAACCUGAAAUACCUUCUCAAGCAGAGCAGUAUAAACCAAAGCAUCAUCCUGAAGCCAGCCUUCAGUGUACACAGAGCUCUAAAACAGAAAGGGCCUGUGGGUCCAUGUUAAAGGUAGACAAUUCGUCAAUGAAGAGGUCACCAUCUCCUACACCAUACACAGCAUGCAAAAAUAAAUCAAAACAUUCACUUGUAAAAUGGGAAAUGCAAUCUCUUACCCAACCCACUGAAAAGGAUUUAAACAAAUAUGAAUGGUACAUUGGAGAGUACGAUCGCCAUGAAGCAGAGAAGGCACUGUUACAGGAAAACACUGAUGAGACAUUCUUGGUUAGAGACUGUUCAAAGAAAUCAAAUGCUGAACCAUACGUUUUGGUUGUCUAUUAUGGAAGAAGAGUAUACAACAUUAAAGUACGUUUUCUGGAAGAGAGCCAACAAUACAUGCUGGGAACAGGGCUCAGAGGAGAUGAUAAAUUUAAUUCUGUGAAAGAGAUCAUUGACUUCUACAAAUAUGUUCCCAUCACACUCAUUGAUGGAAAGGAUAAAUCAGGAAUCCAGAGAGAACAAUGCUACCUCACAUAUCCAUUCAAGUCACACAAAAGAUAUUUUCUGCCUUAAUGUCACUGAUUUGUUUGUAUAAAUGUAAAUAGAAUUAAAAUGUCUCCAAAAAAUCAGAUUAGCCUUCGAAUGAGGAGCUCCCCGUAACAUUAUAAAGCAUUCUAAAUAUUCCACUAAAAGCUUCUCUCCAACUGAGAAUACAGAUAUACUUCGUUUUUUGAUCCUUGUAUAUUUUUUUUAACUUUGAGGAUACAGGUAAAGUAUAUAGCAUUGUAUUAAUUCACAGAAAAGAGUUAAGAGACUGACUCCUGGUAUCUUGAUGAUUGAGCAAUCUUCUUAUCUUACACUCUACCUUUUAACGCAAGACAAAAAUCAAAUUCAGUUUUGCUUACCUAAAUGUCACUGAAGCUCAGUUAGUAGUAAAACCUAAUCAAGCACACUAGUCAUAUAAAAAAUAUUCUUGCUUUUAAAAAUACAUGUGAAGUAUUGUUUAUCCAAGUACUACCUGUUUAACAAUUUCAUUCGGUGUGCAUAUGUUUUUGCACAAAGCUGUGCUCAGCAGUCACUGAAGUCAGUGGGUGUCAGCUAAUGCUCACAGGUAUUGAAGCAUAUUGUAAAGCUAGCUUUAAUUAUAUAAAUUCUAUUUAAGUAACACUUGCUCUUUAGCUUAAGUAGCAGAUACUUGCAUUCCAUAUCUGAGCCUUGAAACCACUUACACAGUAGGACCAUUAUGCAAACAGUCCCUUUGAAUUCAUACCAUGUUCAAAUAUAAAAAUCAUCAGUACGAACAGUAGAUGUGCUUCAAACUCUGCAAGAAAACAUGUUCCAGUGUGUAAAGAACACGAGAAAGCAAUUUUUUUCCAGCAAAAAAUACAGUAAUAUUUAUUCAUAUGAGUUUUGGAACGCUUAACUAAAUUCAUUAUAAAUAUGAAAGGCAAACUUUAGUGUCCUUCCGCAAAGCAUCCAUAAUCUUCCUUUCUAAGCACACUCAGAAGUUUGACUAGGUAUUUGGAAUAUACCAAGAAAGCAACCUCCGUUACUUUAUCCUUAGUGAAUAGGAACAAGAAGAAUGAAAACAUUCAAGCCCAAAACAUGACAUUCCAACCCAAUUUAUGCUGCAAUUGCACAAACUAGCUCUAAAAAAAUUUAGCAGUUGGCUGUUAUUUCCUUGCAACCUUUUUAUUUCUCAAUGCUGCAUCAACAUGAAAGAGAAAAUUCAUUAUAAUUUUCUCUCAAACCACUAAGACUGUUAAACUUGAAGGAAAUUAUUCUGACUUGACAUUAUCUAAUAAUAAGAAUGAAAAUUAACAAAACAGAAGCUAGUAGAGUUUGGCAGAGUUUAUAAAAAGGAGAAGAGGUACGAUGUAAUCUGCUUUGAGAGUUUCAUAGCCACCAUACAAUUUAACUGACAAAAGGUUUUCAGGUUCAAACAAACAAAAGAAGUUUCUAAAUUAAAUGCAUAAAAACCAGUUUAUAGAUAGAUUAUGGCAGUGACAUACAAAGCUUUGCAGAUGUCUUGUAAGCAAGUUUACUGUUUUAGUAAAGACAAGCAUUAGUAGUAUACUUAAACCACCUAGAGUUUAUAGAGCUGAGCAGCAAUGCUUCCCCCAUCCCCGUACAGUACAGCUUUCAUGAGGAAUGUCAUCAUUUUGUGAGUGACAACUCUUACAAAGCAAAUUUAAAACUAUUUAUUUAGUAGAUUCUACAGAAAAAGAAUUCAAACAGUAGCCUGAACUGAAGGAGUUAAAAAAAAAAACAUGGUUAAAAUUCCUCCUUUGUUUCAUGUUAACAAUUUCAGUAUUUAUUAUAUGUGAUAUGACAGAAUUUUAAAAUGGAAGCUAUUUUCACAAUCGAAAAUGAAAACAGUACUGUUAAGUUUGGCAUCAAAGUAUAUGAAGUGAAAAAAACCCCUCUAGUGUACCCAUCUAAAAAAAUAUAAUUCCAUUUAAAUACAAAAUGAGAACUGUCAUUUCAUUAUUAUUGACAAAACAGACAAAAGGAAGUUUGUUCUGUGAAACAGGUUAGUCUGAUACAAAUGAUACAAAAACUUUCCAUGAGUACAUGAUGAAAAAGAUCUGACUUCAAGCACCAACUAUCUGAAGGAUUUUAACACUGUAUUGCAAAAUGAUGGAAAAGCAAUGUUUCAAUUGGUUUUGAAAAUAAGCCUCAGUCAAAUGUAGUUUUAAAAUAUUUACAUUUCAAUGUAGAUAUGAUACAUACUUUAUCAAAACAAUGUAUAAUCUGCUGGAAGUUAUAAAAAAAUAUUCCCAGCUUAAACUGUUUACAAAAAUGCACCAACAGUGAAAAAUUAGGGACUACCUUUUCUUAAGAGAAGUCCCAGUUCAAACAUAGAACAUACAUCCAGCAUUAGAGUCAGUAUUGAUUUUCUUACCUGUAAAAAUGCAAGAAGUGAUUUUCAUUGUAAAUAUGUGCUUCGGUAUAGUUCAUUCUGUAUGAUUUUUAAAUUAAAUUGACAAAAUGAUGAAAAAAAUCCAUUGUUCAUGUACAGAAACAUUAAACUUCAGUAACAUCCAUCCCUCUUUACUAAAAACUUGAAAUUUGGCCCUGAUUUAGGAAAGCGUUUAAGAAACUGACCAAUGUUUACACUGCACUGAAGUCAGUGGAUACACUUUAGACAUAGGUAUGUAACCAGGCACAUGCUUACAUGAGUUGAGGCCUACAAAAAAUAUAUUCUAACAACCUCUAAAUCUGUAAGAUAAAGAAGGAUGAAAGAUUGCACUGAAAAUCUGGUUCACCAUUGUCAAAGUAAAAGCUGUGCAACACAGUUUCAAAAAAAAUCUUAAUUUUUCAGCAAUUUCCCCCCUGUAAAUAAGCAUUAACUCACCAACUAGAGUUCUAACCAAAUGCCCUAUGCUUCUAUCAGGCUAUAAACACAUGGUGGUAAAGUUUAUGUCUGGCUGUUACUCCCUUGGAUUUCAGAGCAGCCUUGAGACCACAUAG